ACAGCACUAUCUUAAAUCGUGACUUAUCUUAGUCCGUGGUAUAGACCUUCCUAUAAGACGUGUGUGGUGAUAAUAUAGAUUAUACAUUUAUAUUAUUGUAUGAUUGUCUAAUGUCUAUUCUUUUUAAUAUUUUUUAAUCUAAUAAUCUAUUGUCUAUUAUAAAUAUUAAUUAAUAGUCAUUAUAUGUGGAUCGUGUACGACGCACGUCGCGUUUCAUUAUUAUUGUUGUUUGUAUCCCUCAAUUUUAUACUUUAAAUAUUUUUUAUAAGUAUUUUCAGCACUAUAUUCAUUAUUUAUAUAUAAUAAAUACAUAUAUUUAUAGUAUAUCCGUUUUUAUUUAUUCUUUAUUUAUCAUCGACUAGUCGUCGUAUAAAUUAUAUUACAUUAACGGAUGUUACAAUAAAAUAUAAAAGUUACGUAUAUCUAUAUUUCUAGUCGAUUGCCGUAAGCUUCUGCACCGUCACGUCAGACAUUUGUCGUUCACGAUGGCCGGAUUAAAAGUUUGAUGAGUUUGGCUUUUGCUGGUUCCAUUGGUAUGACAUUAGUCAUAUUGGCAUGUGCAUUACCAGAUUUAAAUUCUUGGUGGCCAUUUAUAGUAGUAAUCUUUUACCUGCUGGCACCAUUACCGACCAUGUUGAUGAAACGGUUCAAUGAUUACUCAGGAUCCGGUAAUGCCAAUAUGGAUUUAGCUGUAUUUAUUACAAUGGGUAUAGUGGUGUCUUCAUUUGCAUUGCCAAUAAUAAUGGCCAGAGUUAAUGCUAUUGCAUGGACAGCCUGUAAUUUUACAUUGUGUGGGAACAUAGUUGUGUAUUUGACAUUUAUUGGAUUUUUCUUAACUUUAUAUCAAGAAGACACUGAUUAUAGUUUAUGAUAAAAUACAACUUA